UUUUGGCUUGUAUUCGCUGAUCAUGGGGUGAUCCAGAAAUAAACUCCAGGCUUCAAAGCGAGCGUGUUUCAAAGCUGUCCUGCAGUUGAUCGAAACAUCCAGGCAAAGCAGGGAGACAAAUACCAGCGAGGAUUUUCUGAAUUAAGACUUAACCAAGGAGAUAACCCAUUUCAACGCCAUUAUUACCCUUUUAUUUCAGAACAAAAAGGUGGUGCCUGUAUCUUUGUCUCUAGAAUAUCUUGCUCAGAAAUCAAUGCUGUAGCUACAACAUACUCAGGAAAGCAAAGAAUUAUAAAAAUGGCUACGACGGCAGCAAAUACUCAAAGACAAACGAUAGGCUGUGAGGAGUACAGCCUGUACAGUAGCCUGAGUGAAGAUGAGCUUAUUAAGAUGGCCAUCCAGCAGAGCUUGGAAGAGGACCCGGCGGGUCAGCCAGCGGCCCAGAGCCCCCAGAAGUCGCUGGUGGCCCGUGCUGGUGAGGUGGGCGCCCCGAGCCGCGCCAGCCCCCACAACCCUCCCUACCGCAUCUACCCCUGGCAAAGAUUGGCGGCCCAGCAGACAGGCCGUGCUCAGCCAUCCAGCUCGGGGGCAGCCUGGGGGGUCAGGCGAAGGUACGACAGCAGCCUGUUCAGCACAUCCCAGUCCGUAGAAAUUGACCCUGUAGUGGCAGCAAUCAGGGAUGGAGAUGAAAAAGCAGUAUGCAACAUGAUGAAAUCAGGACAAAACCUUUCUGUACCUAAUAAGGAUGGCUGGAUACCCCUCCACGAAGCUGCAUACUAUGGCCAAGUGGGCUGCCUGAGCCUGUUGCAAAAAGCGUACCCAGGCACCAUUGACCAGCGCACCCUCAAUGAGGAGACGGCUCUCUACCUGGCCACCAGCCGGGGCAACCUGGACUGCCUGCUCACCCUGCUGCAGGCUGGGGCUGAGCCCGACAUCUCCAACAAGGCCAGAGAAACGCCGCUCUACAAAGCUUGUGAGCGCAAGAAUGCAGAGGCUGCAAGGCUCCUGGUGCAGUACAAUGCAGAUACCAACCAUCGCUGCAACCGAGGCUGGACUGCUCUCCAUGAGGCUGUCUCCCGAAAUGACCUGGAGAUCAUUGAUAUCCUGGUGAAAGGAGGUGCCAAGAUUGAGUCUGCAAAUGCCUAUGGGAUCACUUCUUUAUUUGUGGCAGCUGAGAGUGGGCAGCUGGAAGCUUUGAGAUACCUUGCAAGAUGCGGUGCUGAUAUAAAUACACAAGCCAGUGAUAAUGCCUCUGCUCUUUAUGAAGCCUGCAAAAAUGGACAUAUUCCUAUUGUGGAGUUUCUUUUGUCCCAAGGAGCAGAUGCUAACAAAGCCAAUAAGGAUGGCCUGUUACCUCUUCACAUAGCAGCCAAGAAAGGGAUUUGCGAGAUUGUCUCCAUGCUGAUCCCUGUCACCAGCCGCACCCGUGUCAAGCGUAGUGGCAUCAGCCCCCUGCACUUAGCGGCCGAACGCAACAAUGACGAUAUCUUGGAAGAGCUGAUAGAAGCUGGCUACGAGGUCAACACUGCCCUCUCUGAUGAACGGUCCUGCCUUUAUGAGGACAGACGCACCACCCCACUCUAUUUUGCUGUUUUUAACAAUAAUAUCUACGCUACAGAGCUGCUGCUGCAAGCUGGAGCCAACCCCAAUGUUGACCUCAUUAACCCAUUACUCAUCUCCAUCCGCCACGGCUGCCUGAAGACCAUGAAACUGCUUCUUGACCAUGGGGCAAACAUUGAUGCCUAUAUAUCAAGUCAUCCCACCACAUUUCCAGCUACCAUCAUGUUUUCAAUGAAGUACCUUUCCGUGCUGAAGUAUCUCCUGGAUCUGGGCUGUGAUGCAGGUUCCUGUUUUGAGUGUCAGUACGGAAAUGGCCCACACCCUGCAUUAAAUUACAGGCGGGAAAGACUUAAUGAUCCUCAGGUGACCAGAGAGCCAACUGUAGUACAGUUUUGUGAAAUGGUGUCUACUCCAGAGAUAAGUCGCUGGGCUGGGCCGAUCAUCGACGUUCUUCUGGAUUAUGUGGGUAAUGUGCAGCUCUGUUCCCGGCUCAAGGAGCAUAUUGACAGCUAUGAGGACUGGGCUGUCAUUAAAGAAAAAGCAGAACCUCCACGACCUCUUUCCCAUCUUUGCCGCAUCAAGGUACGGAGCCUGGUUGGAAGAAACCGCAUCAAACUCCUUGACACCCUGCCUCUCCCAGACAGACUGAUCCGAUAUUUACAGCAUGACUACUCACAGUGACCCCAAGCACACUGGAUAUGCAGCAGCUUCCUGGCGUGGCACCCGGCAUCACCACUGUGGCACAGGUGCACACCGGGCAGGAAUUGCUGCGGGCUUGGUCAAGCACCCUCCCAUGACUAAUCCAAGAGAAAUGCCCUUUUGAAGCAUGAGUGAGAAGAAAAUGGAGGAGACAGUUAACACAGGAAACUGCUGUUAGGUUUUUCAAGAGAAAACAAAAUUCACCUCAGACCUCAGUCUGAGGAGAAGAAGAAGAAAUGAGAGCCAACACUGACAAAUGAGCAGUGCUGAAGCGAGUAUCAGUGAGGAAUUCAAAAGUGUCCUGAACCUGUGGUGGAGCAUAGCACCCUUGCUGUGGUCACAACUCAGAACUUGUCAAGAAUCAAUGUAUUUGGGAAAACAAUCACAUUGCCUUCACUGACUGAGAUUUAUAUUGUAGUUUCUAUUCUAUUAUUUGGAUUUAUGCGAAGUGUGUUGGUUGCUAAUUCUCAGAUAUUUUGAUACCACCUUGCUAGCACUUCUUUUUUUGUACUUUUCAUUUUGAGUACUUGAUUUUUGAACCUUCAAAUCUCAGAAGAUUUAAUACACUAAAAUCCAGAAAUGCUGAAUCUUUUAAAAGUCAAGGAAAGGUUUAUUUAAGGAGGAUGGAAGAAUUAUAUUUGCACAUAGUGAAUACAGUCCAUUUUGUAUUUUAUUUGCAACAGGAAGUAAGUGAAAUUUUGCUUGAGAGAAUUUCCUAGACUGGGGAUUUGAAAGCAACCCUAAGCUCUUUUUUUUGGUGUAAAUUAGAAGUAGCUGUACUGUAAACAGUAGGUUUAUGUUUUCAUAAGGCUGGUGUCAGAACAGAACAAAGCCCUAGAGGAGCUGGAACAGAGAGUGAUGUGAAGGAGAGAGGCAACACUGCUGAACCAACUUAUUCUCUUCCUCCCCCAGAAGAUCUUAUCUCUACAAAACCCAGCCUCUCUGACCUCCUUUGACCUCUAUGGCUGUAACAAUACUAUGAUUGAAAGUAAAAGAAAUUAUUUCAAAAUUAUUGAAUUCAAACUGCAAAAUUUAUGGAAAUGAAUACCCAGAAUUAGGUUUCCAAAUCCUUAUUCAGCUGCCUAAACAAUGCCAAGUUGCUUGACCAGGUGUUGUUCCACUUAAACCAGGGGAAUCAUAUUCAGUAUCAGAUAUUACUGAGGCAGAAUAAAUAUCUCUGAAUUUAGCCCUGAAUUUUCUGAUUUUGGAAGUUUGAAAUAUCUAUUAGCUUCCUUUGACACUGAUGAAAGUUAUUAUCUCAGCUUCUUUGAAAAUUAGGUCACCUAUUUACAGCUCAGAUCCACAACUGAUUUAUGGCAACUUAACAAGUCACCAUCUAUCUGCUGAACCACUAUAAUUGUCCGUGAAAUUCUUUUAUUGAAGUUUUUAACAAGUCACAUUCCCUCACAGCUGGGGAGGCCAAGGAGCCCAUGAACAGUUAUUGGCAGUGACUACAGAUCACUUGACAGGUGUGACUUGCUGAACUGCUUUGAUGAGUGCUUUAUUCCUCACUAGGCACCUAAGAAAGAAUAGAAGAAACUAAAUUUGGAACUACAUCUUUUCAGAUCUUAAGCUAGCAGCACAAUCCUCACCUUAGGUGACAGAGGAGCUGUGCCUAGUGUGCCUGGUGGGGUCUGCUGGGAGUCCCUACCAGGGACCUUACAGAUCUGGUUUUGUUUGUAUAGCAUCUAUGGAAUAUGAUAGAAAUCUAAGUAGGGAAAAUACACUGCACUGAGUUUUAUUUGUGUGGAGUUUCAUACCUGAGCACAGGACUAAAGUGUGUUGCACAAAUACAAGUAAUACAAUCUAUCUGGGCACACAGAC